AUGUUUGCUAUAAUCUUUGCUUUUGUGCUUAUAGCAGCACAUGUUACAGCAGAAAUACCCUCUUACAUUCAGGUAUGUGGCCGCAGAGAUCCGAAUAUCGAACAAUGUAUUUUAAACAGCGUAAACAAUUUGAAGAGUAAGAUUUGCGAAGGAAUCCCGGAAUUGGAUAUUCCAUCUAAUGAUCCACUUGUUCUUGAUAUAUUAGUCAUUUCCGAUGUACCCAAUACUAAAUUAUAUAUGAGAAAUAUAAGAGUAUCGGGACUUUGUGAUUUCACCAUAAAUUCCUUUCAAGCGGAUAUUGAAAAAUUGCAUUACACUGCUACAAUCUCAUUCGGACGGAUAACGAUGAAUGGCACAUAUGAUUUUGAUGUACGUGUACUGGUACCUAUUGCUCAUAAGGGAAAUGUUUAUAUUACUGCAGAUAAUAUAGAAGCAGAAGUAGACCUGAAUAUGAAAAUGAUCACUAAAAAUAGUAAAACAUAUGUAUAUUUGUCACAGAUAAAACUCAAUCUUAACAUUAAAGGAUACGAUGCUAAGUACGAUUUGAAUGAGAGAGAUUACGGUCAAUUGGCAGAAAUUAUAAACAAUUUUGUAGGCAGUAAUCAGGAGGAGGUUAUUAAAAGUUUUAAGCCGGCAUUAGAAGAAGCAAUUUCCAAACGGAUCCUAUUGGUUGCCAACGAUAUAGUUAAACACUUCACUUACGAAGAACUCUUCCCGGACAGAACAUAAGUCACCUUGGAUCUCAAAUUGCAUAUUAUCAAAAGGUUACUUCUAUGUUUUAAUUAAAUAAUAA